ACCCACAGAGCUCCAGACCUAACGGAUAAGAAAUCAGGCCUCACUGGAGUCAUUCAAGCAAAAGUUGGACAACUACUUUUCCAGAACAGAAAGAAAACUCAUGCGUCAGAAAAGGUGACUAAUAAACGUACCAACAGAAUAUGGCUACACAAAUGCCAGAAACUGAUCAGAUAAAACAGUUUAAAGAAUUUCUUGGAACCUACAAUAAACUUACAGAAACCUGCUUUUUGGACUGUGUUAAAGACUUCACAACAAGAGAAGUAAAACCUGAAGAGACCACCUGUUCAGAACAUUGCUUACAGAAAUAUUUAAAAAUGACUCAAAGAAUAUCCAUGAGAUUUCAGGAAUAUCAUAUUCAGCAGAACGAAGCCCUGGCAGCCAAAGCAGGACUCCUUAGUCAGCCACGGUAGAGUCCUGCUGGAUAGACUCUCCAUCGAAGCCUGCCAACAGCUGCUGCUCUGGAAACGAGGAUUCAUCUGAUAGAAUCCCCUGAAAGCAGCAGCCACCAUGUUAACCAUCUGUCAUGACUGUUUGGCAAAUGGAAACCACUGGAGAAAAUAAAAUUGCUAUUUGCCAGGGAUAAUCAAAUUAGAAGGUUCAAAGAAAAUAGAAAGAUGCAACCUUUGUUGAGGCCUUAUUUUUUGGGAGCUUAGUCACUUGAUUAGAAAAAUAAACCAAU